AUGACUUUCUACGAUGACAUUUACCCAUUCUACCCCUUACAAAGAACCUCCUUUAUCUUCAGCACCCACCUCCUCACCAUUAUCCUGGUCUUCCUGGUCCUCACGGUCAGCUUCCUUCUUAUUCUGCCAGGUAUCAGAGGCAAGUCGAGACUAUUCUGGAUGUUCAGGAUCAUCAUCAGUUUAUUCAUAGGCGUUGUGAUAGUGGCACUGAAUUUCACCAGCGACUGGGCUGAGGCCCGAGCCACCACCAACACCACCUACAAGUCCUUCAGCAGUGAGGAGGUGAACGCUGAAGUGGGACUGCACAUAGGACUGUAUGGCAUUAACAUUACUUUAAAAGGGAAUCCUGUGAAUCAACUCAACGAGACCAUCAACUACAACGAGAUGUUUGCGUGGAAAGACACCAUCGAUGAGGAGUACGGGAACGCCUUAGAGAGAGGUCUACCUAACCCCAUCCUCUAUAUCGCUGAGAAGUUUACCCUCAACAACCCAUGUGGCCUCAUCUACCAGUAUAGAUACUCUGGGCACUAUGCCUCGGCCACCCUCUGGACAGCGUUCUGCUGCUGGCUGGUAGCCAACGUGCUGUUCUCCAUGCCUGUCAUCCUGUACGCCGGCUACAUGAUGGUGGCCACCGCCGCCUUCAUCUUCUUCUCCAUGGCCUCCUUCUCCACCAUCAUGAACCUGCCUACCUGUCUGUUCACCAUAGGCACCUCUGGAGCCUUCCAGACAGAGUACAGCGGUUCUUUCUGGCUGGCGCUGGCCACAGGUGUGCUGUGUUUAAUCAUUGGAGUCCUGGUGGUUCUGUUGGACUGUCUGAUCCCUGGGAAGAUACGAGAGGCCUUCAGUGUCGGGGUGGAUAACGACGAAGAUGAGGAUGUUUAUUUUGGAGAGGGAUACCUGAACUCCAACUUCCUGGCAGGAGUAACCACCACACCUUUGACAACCUUAGUGCUUCCUACAGAUGAAAUUCGGAAUGUCAGCCGCCAACCAUCACUCCAGGAGCUGUCAGUCAGAAUGUAA